GAGACCACACAUUCAGGAAUGCCACGCAAUGACAACGCAGAGGGCAGUAAAGGCCACGAAGGUGACAGCCAGAAAACACAACUAGAGAAGUUCUCAGGUGGGGCCAGGUCAAGAGGAUCCAUGUUCACGCCCGCACAUGCUCAGUCUGCUCAUGUAUCACAGAGUGUCAGCAUCAAAGUCCAUAAGCAGCCCCUUCAGCUGAGGCCACUCAGACCUACAGUUCUGCGGAAAGGACACCAGCUGCUGUCCCAAGAUCUGUCUCUGUCCACGGAACGUCCAGAUGUUAAUUGUCAAGCCAGAUCAAACCAGAGCUCACCUCACUGGCCAGACUCAUCUUGUCAAAAUAAAGGUCCUCCCUCUGACAUAAAGGCAGCAGGCAGCACACAAGGAAGUCCUGAGCGAAGCCUCACCAGCAGUGGUUCUGAGGCAGCCUCUGAGAACUCUCCGUUUGUUAAGGGCACCUGUAGAUGGCCAGGUUGCAAUCAGAAACUUGAGGAACCUUCCUAUUUCUCAAGACAUCUCUGCCCUGAGCAUGGUACCGGGGACACGAGCUUGGCAGAGUGGAGGGACCAGAGAGAGCGGGUUCAGUACAUGGACAAGCAACUGGCUUUAGAGAGAAAGAAACUGCAGGAAAUGCAGUUCCAUCUGCAUCUGUCUGACCACGGAGACACUGCUGAGAAUGAGGGGGUGGAGAGGAACCUUGGGGACCCUCUGAGGGUUCCCCACUUCAUGCUCCCAAACGGGGGCAUUCAGGGUGCCAUGGUGACGCCCAAUGAUCUGCUGUCCACCAGCUACCUGCACUUCCCUGCCUCACAGUUCAUGCCGGGGGUUAUGUCCACCAUUGACUGCUACAAGAACAACAACAUCAGACCUCCUUACACGUAUGCCGCCAUGAUCAGAUGCGCCAUACUGGACUCUCCAGAGAAGCAACUGGCCCUUAAUGAGAUCUACCAGUGGUUCACGAACAUGUUUCAUUACUUCAGAUAUAACACCGCCACAUGGAAGAAUGCCGUGCGGCACAACCUCAGCCUGCACAAGUGCUUUGUGCGUGUGGAGGGAGUGAAGGGCUCUGUGUGGACUGUGGAUGAUGCGGAGUUCAUGAGGAGAAAGGGACAGAAGAUUCACAGGAACCAGGAUUUCAACUUGGUGACACCCUAUUUCUUUUACGCUCAGUGAUGAAAUCAUGUGGGUCGCAGACACACACACACACACACACACACAGAGAGAGAGAGAGAG